CUUCAAUUUAUUGGGUUCAACUCCAAUGACAACUCUGCUGGAACACUUCGAAGUCCAACCUGCCCCUAACGGGGUAACUGAACUAAAAUUACCUUUAACAUUUUUCGACAUGCCAUGGUUGUAUUUUCAUUCGAUUCAACGGCUUUUAUUCUACGAAUUCCCGUGUUCCAAAGCCCAUUUCUUGGAAACCAUCGUCCCAAAUCUCAAAAAAUCACUCCCUCUCACUCUCAGACAUUACAUUCCGCUAGCGAGCAACAUAUUGUAUCCUCUAAGAGAUGGAAAGCCCGUGUUCCGUUACGUUGUUGGGGACUCUGUUCGUCUCACUGUAGCCGAGACCAACGACGACUGCAACAAUCUUACUGCAAAUUAUGUACGAGAUGCUGAUCAGUUCUAUGCUUUCGUUCUUCCAUUGCCACCACCUAAAGACGAACCCGAGUACAAAAUAAUCCCGGUUUUCUGUCUACAGUUAACGUUGUUUCCUAACCGUGGCGUAUGUAUUGGUUUUACCAACCAUCACGCUAUAGGCGAUGCGAGUUCAAUCGUGGGCUUUAUAAAGGCAUGGGCUUCUAUAAACAAAUUCAGUGGAGAUUCACAGUUUAUUGAAGAUAUUUCCCUGCCACUUUACGAUAAAUCGGUCAUCAAAGAUCCCCGUGGAAUCGCAGAUAUAUACUGGAACCAGUUGAAGAAUGUUAAGUUACAAUCUCUGUCGUUGCAUUUACCUACAAAUAAGGUUCGGGCCACGUAUAUUCUCCAUGAAGCUGAUAUCAAGAAACUCAAAGAUUCAGUUUUGGCUCGAAAGCCUGGUUUAGUUCAUCUUUCAUCUUUUGUGGUCACGACGGCCUACGUUUGGACUUGUUUCGUGAAAUCGGGGCCUGCUAGUGGGGAGCAAGUUGACGCAGAUGAGCCUGAAUACUUUGCUUUUGCUGCUGAUGGCCGAACUCGUACAGAUCCACCUGUGCCUGCUAAUUACUUCGGCAACUGCCUUGGAGGUGGAAUAGUGCGAAUCCAGCACCAGAAGUUGAUGAUUAAAGACAGUUUUUUCGUGGCAGCUGAGGCAAUCUCAGAGAUCAUUCGAAUAAAGGUGAACAACAAAGACGAAAUCUUUAAAGAAGCUGAGAAUCUGUUGACGAAUUUUAAAGAACUGAUGGGGAAACGAGCGCUUUCGGUAUCUGGUUCGCCUAAGUUCGACCUAUAUAAUGCGGAUUAUGGAUGGGGAAGGCCAAAAAAGUUAGAGACUCUGUCUAUUGAUGGAGAUAAUUCCAUUUCGUUGUGCAAAUCCAGGGAUUCGGAAGGAGGUUUGGAAGUUGGUUUAUCUUUGUCCAAAACGAAAAUGGAUGCUUUUGCAGUGAUUUUCGCCAAUGGCCUAAGGGAGCUCGAUUAAAAAUGUUGACUCGACAUUAUUAAGAAAGAAUCUUGUUUACUGAAUUGUUGAGUACUUAUUGUAUUAAAUAUAUCUUUUGUUUGUUUUCCA